AUGGAACGCGUCAAGGAACACGAGUUCAGGGCUCUUUCAACUUCGCAAACACCUCAGUGGACGCCGGAGUGUAAUAAUGACGGCGCUCACCCGAAACCCAGCGGAUUGACAGCAUUAUCUACUGGAAAACGACCAUCCAUCGGGGAAGAUGAGGGUGGAGGCGCUGAAGCAAAACUAUUAGGGAAGGGGAUCGCGGCCACCUCCCUUCUCCAGAUCGCCAUCAGGAAUGGGAUCUACCAAAACCAAGUUGCUAACGCUAUCAGCAGCGGGGCCAAAAAUAUCAACAUGCCGUCGGCGAAGACGGGUAACAUUUACAAUAUUUCGUCCGUUAACAGCAGCACUUCCACCAACUCAUUGCUAAGCAAGAGACGCCAGCGCCACAAGAGGAAUUUGUCGCUAGGUUGCCCGCCUACCGGCUGCUCUCCCGGCGUGUCCCCAGUGGAGGCGGCCAGUCCUGCUCCUUCAGUCUCUCCGCUGAGCACCCUUAGUCUCGAUAGGAAAACGUUCCUGAGGCAGAAGCAAUCAAAGCAGCUUCAGGCCUCGGAUAAGGGAUGGGUGACAUUGGACCUUAAAAGGGGCUGUAUUCACGUCCACGACUGGCUCACGCCCUCUUACCCGCGGCCGGUGCUUUGCACUGAGGAUACUACGGCUGCACAGGUGGUCAGCAAGCUGCAAGCAAGUAAAGCCGAGGCUGUCUUGAGAAUCAAUUGUGAUACUACUGCUACUCAUAUUUUUUGCAAAGAUAAUAAUGGACAGAUUAAUGACUUAAGUAGUGGUAGAUCAGAUCUUAAAGAUGUUAAAACGAACGAAAACGAAGCCGUGCAAUCUAACAGUCAGACAAAACUACAUUAUUUUGAUGCCAACCACUUUUUAGAUGGAAAAACUGCAAGUAACUCCUCUUCAGAGGUUUGCCUCAAUGACAUUGGUGUGGAAUUGAACUUGAGUGCGGCUGACUGUUACGGUGCACACUCUGGAUCAGAUAUGGAAAAUAGUACUUGUGAGGAGUUCAGCCUCGGGGAACCCAAAAGUACACUGCAACAGGACUCACUUAGCGAAGGCACAGGGUUGGGUACGGACUCAUCAGCUUUGAGCCCAAAUUGUGACAGUGCCACAGAGGGACCUGACCCAUUUGAAAGCUCUUCUGAUGAACUCGACUUCACCACCUCUCCAACACAUUCUGCGGACCCCCCCUCAAAUUCUCCAGACAAAUUGAAAAGCACGUCAGAUGAUGCCAGUGGGGCUGUUUGUAGUGACAUCAAAGAUUCACCUAAACAAAUGAAACAUCCCUCCAAAUGUUGCGGCAGCUCUCAGACUCGGCCCCUGAGCAACCAAGCAUCAGUGCAGCCUGACCCUGAGAUCCAGGCAGGAAGGAGAGGAUGGCUCGAGCCAAUCAAUACUAGCCCAACUCCAGCUCUCUUUGUCCAGCUGCAUGGGGGAAUUGUGCGACGUCUACAAGAUGAUGAGAGGCCUCUACAAUUAUUGAAUGAGUACCUUACUAAUUUGGGCUUUGAAGACCCAUGGAGGGUGCAGGAGGAGGGAAUGAAUCCAGGCAUUGGCAGCCUAAUUCGCUUCUACUUUGGUAAGCCUCGAAGUGUUGGAGGUUUAGAUCGUGUGCAGCUUUCUGGAGUGUUCAACGUGCGUAAAGGGAAGUUGGUACUGCCAGUAAACCGCUGGUCAAAACGCCAGGUCACACUGAGUGGCACCUGCCUUAUUGUGUCAUCUGUGAAACACGCCAACAUGGGCAAGAUCCACAUACUCCCUCUUAUUGGAGGAAAGGUGGAGGAGGUGAAGAGACACAGCCAUUGUUUGGCGCUUAGCUCUGUUGGUCCCCAGAGCCAGACAUACUAUAUCAGCUAUGAAUCCUACACUGAGUACCUCCGCUGGCACAGAACAGCCUCAAAGAUUGUGUCCCAGAGGGUGAAUUCUGUUGACCUGUCAUGUUGCAGUCUAGAGGAAUUACCUACGCAGCUGUUUUACAGCCACGAUCUUACACAUCUCUAUCUCAAAAAUAACUUCAUGUCCUUGCACAAAGGGAUUCCAGCACUUACCAGGUUUUGUAAACUGAGAACUCUCAGUUUGUCAAAUAAUGCACUCCCUGAGUUCCCUCUGGCCUUAUGUGACCUUCCUUCACUGACUGAACUCAACUUGUCAGGAAAUUGCCUUUCAUCUCUUCCUGUGGAAGUUGGAAACAUGUACAGCCUGCAGACACUUCAUCUCGACGCAAACCACCUGAAUUCAUUGCCUGCCGCACUGGGGUCCUUGGAGACUUUGGGCUACCUUGGCUUGACUUUCAACUGUUUCACUUGCAUCCCCACUGUCCUCGAAAAGAUGAGAGACAUGGAGAGACUGUGUCUGGCAGGAAACCAAAUCUCUGUCUUAGACGUGGAAAGACUGCAGUGGUUGUCCACUCGCCACAUAGAUCUCAGGCUGAACCGACUUCUACGUGUGAUCGUGGAUGACAUGAAGCAGCUAGUACACAUUGUACAGCUGGACUUAAGGGAUGCUGGUCUACAGGAGCUGGAUGUAAGACCUCUCUGUAAGCUGGAAGUUCUCCACUGUGACAGAAACCGCCUCUCCCUCAUUAGAGUCAGUGGGCACACCCUCAAAAGUCUGCAUGCAGCACACAAUGAACUAAAAGAAGUGGAAGUGGACUCUGUCCCAGAGAAUCUGACUUUUCUGGAUUUGUCCUGGAAUAAGCUCGACGUCAUCCCUGAUUGGGUGUAUGAAAACAGGAGACUGGAACUUUUGGACAUUAAUCAUAAUUCUGUGACUGAGCUGCCCAUACGGUUGCUAUCAAGUGAGCGCCUAAGAAAGCUGCUGGCUGGCUGGAAUGCUCUGAGCCACCUGGGUGAGACUCUGGAGAGAUCACAGCUAGAAAUAUUGGACCUUCAGCACAAUUUUCUAAUGGAGCUCCCAAACGACCUCUUCAUCAAAGCCCACAACUUGCGGUAUCUUAAUGUAUCAGCCAACAAGUUGGAGAGCCUUCCCGUUGCAAGCCUAUCGGAGGACAAUUUAAGUAGCCUUGAAGAGCUCUAUGUGACCAACAACAGUUUGACUGACAAGUGUGUCCCUCUCCUGACUGGACAUGGGCGCCUCCGAGUUCUUCACCUCGCUUACAACCAGCUGCAAACAUUUACGGCCAGUAAACUGGCCCAACUGGAGCAUCUGGAGGAACUAGACUUGAGUGGCAAUGCACUGAGAACUGUGCCCACGACCAUCUUAAACUGUCGGUGUCUGCAAACGCUCUCUGCGCACUCCAACUGCAUCAACUCCUUUCCGGAGGUCCUACAGCUGCCUGAGAUCAAGUGUGUCGACCUGAGCUGCAAUGAGCUGUGUGAGAUUACUCUGCCAGAGUCACUACCCCCAAAACUUCAGGAGCUGGAUCUCACUGGAAAUCCCCGCCUCAACCUGGACCACAAAAGCUUGGAACUUCUGAAUAAUAUUCGGUGUUUGAGGGUGGAUCCUUCCCCCUCUGCUCCCAGCGCAAGUGAGUGUCAUGGAUCCCCUGCAGUCUGGAGCCACGGAUACACAGAGGCCUCUGGAGUCAAAAACAAUUUAUGUGUGGCGGCUCUUGCCCAGGACACAUUCUGCGGAGUCCGUGAAGCACUGUAUGGGGUUUUUGAUGGUGACAGAAAUGUUGAGGUGCCCUACCUGCUGCAGUGCACCAUGGGAGAUGUUUUAGCAGAGGAGCUCCAAAAGACCCCGAGACAAGGAGACUACAUGACUAACACUUUCCUCACCAUGCAACGGAAACUAGGCACUGCAGGACAGCGGAUGGGUGGAUCGGCAGCGUUAUGUCACAUUAGACAUGACCCUGUGCCUCCUGGUGAACAUGGUGGCUGCUUCACCCUUAAGGCUGCCAAUGUGGGCAGAUGCCAAGCCGUUUUGUGCCGAGAUGGUAAAGCUAUGCAACUCUCCGCGGUCCACACCGUCAAAGAAGAGCUGGAGUGCCAGAGGGUCCGACAACAUAAUGCCAUUAUCACAGAGGACAAUAAAGUCAGCGGUGUAACUGACACCACCAGAAUUAUGGGAUAUUCCUUCCUGUGCCCGUCCGUUACCCCCCGGCCACACAUCUCCACGGUGACGCUCACCCCACAGGAUGAGUUCUUUCUCCUAGGCAGCCCAGGCUUGUGGGAGAUGUUAUCUCCGGGAGAAGCGGUGGAAGCAAUCAGGAAUGUUCCCGACACGCUGGCCGCCGCCAAGAAGCUCGUAACUCUGGCUCAGAGCUACGGCUGCUCUGACAGCCUGAGCGCUGUCGUUGUCCAGCUCAGUAUCACUGAAGACUGCUGCUGCUUUUGCGAGCUGCUGCCACCACCACCUCCUAGUCCGGGUUUGGGGGCGCACACCCUAGCUCACCCUUACAUGGGAGGCGGCGACAUGUCAUUGCCGCCUGCCUCGUCGGGAACAGUCAGCGAGCUGAGCAGUGAGUUCAGCGCAUCGGAAAUGAGCAGCGAGGUGGGCUCGACGGCAUCCUCGGAAGAUCCGCCGCCCCAAACUGAGCCCUCGCCCAUCCAGACCAACGCGGCGGGGCGAACCGGCGUACGCCGGAUUGCUCGCGGAAGCUUCAGGAGGCAGUUCUCCGGAGCGCUGUCCGACAACGGGCUCGACAGCGAGGACGAGGAGCCAAUUCCGGGGGUGUUCUCGAACGGCAGUCGCGUGGAGGUUGAGGCUGACGUCCACAGCCGACAUGGCACGGCGCCGCAAACGGUCUGUCAUUCACACUCCGGUACGAAUGUUCCUCAUUCCAUCAUUGCCAAUCUUGACCCUUUGCCUACCCCCAACUCGAACGCCCCUCCUCCCAUCACACCAUCAUCCCCCUCCCUCGGCGGGGAUACCCGAUGGAACUCUCUGAGCCGUAGAGCUAGAGCCAACGGUUCUGUCGCGUGCCAAGGCAGGAACCAGGACCUCAUCGAAGAGGCUGCAGAUGCCCCAGUCAAGAAGCAAGGGGGCUACUUCAAUGCUCCUGCUCAGCCAGACCCAGACGACCAGCUGAUCAUUCCACCGGAGUUGGAGGAUGAAGUGCGGCAGAUCAUCCAACAGCAGCAAAUGGAGACUCAGAACCAGCAAGCGCCCAACUACCAAAAGCCCGCAGACUAUUUCAUCACACCACUCUAA